CUUUUAUGCAUGUUUCUACUCAAAACCACAUUCAUAAUACCACAAUGUAAAUGGUUAUUUUAUUUUUUUAGGUUAAAACUACGAAAUUAGAUGACGAUCGUACAUGCCAUCCAUCAAAUUCCGGUUUCACAAAGUUCAAUUGUACAAAUGUACAAGUCUAGCUAAUAUCUAAAGGCAUAACAUAAGAAGAAACCGAUGUGGGCAAAAAAGCACGGUAAUGACGCAUGUCAUCUGCAAAUAACAGUGAUAUAAGCGACACGUUUUGCGAUGUGUGAACGACUCAUUCUUAAGAGACGGAUCUAUUGAUUGAUUCAUUUAUGAAUUGAACUGAACCGUUCUCGAUUCGGCAACUUGCCGACUCAGUGAACGGAGAACAGAAUCUUUUGAACGUAUCCGAUUCAGAACUCUUUUGAACAUGUCCGCUUUAUUAAUGCAUAACCCGAGAACAGACAAUGAUUUGAUUGGGCAGUAUUUUGCCAACCAGCCAGCAGAUUUAUUGAAAAUAAUGAAAAUAAUAUGUUUACGAAUUAAUUGUGGCGGUUUAAUCAACACGAAAUAGUUUAAGUACUGAUUUACAGGGUAAAUGCAAAUAACCUUAUUAAUAUAACGUAAAUAAAAAUGAAGAGGAAAAAAAAAAUACAUUGGCAAGUAAGCAGACAGGGAAUGAAGCAAAGAAGCACUAAACCAUUUUAACCGGUUCUUUGAAAUGAAUUGUCUGAAAGAACCGAUUCGCAGAAAGAAGUCCGCAUCACUAGGCUACUCGAGAAAGGUGGGGUCUACACACAGCCUGAUUUCAUUGGAUGGUGAGUGAAGCAAAGAGAGAGGAAAAAAAAAAAAAAAAAAUCAUGAGCUAUUUAUAGUCUGAGCUAGGCUAUGUUUAUUUUCUUUUGACUUCUGGAUUGAGUCUCGAGUCCUUGCGUGUUCUCUGUUUGUCUGGAUGUUCUGGUCGCUGUGUCAUGAUCACUGAUUCAUGCCCAGCACAGUUUUCAGUGUCAUUCGAUAACAUAUUCACAACAGGUUCCUGGGUGGAGCUGCAUUUUAAUAAUGGAGGAGGCAGCACUCCUAAAGGAGCUUCUGAGGAACAGUCUGCCAGCACCGCCCCAAGCGGAGACCUGGAGAAGAUGCUGCUGGAUGCUCAGCACGAGUCGGGCAGGAGCAGCUCCAGAGGAAGCCUGCCAUGUGAGAGUCCUCCAAGAUCUCAGACUCCUUCACACUUGCGCAGGGGCUCCGAGGUCCACAGCUCUGGAGAAAAGGACAACUCACAGUCAGAAGAAGACUAUUUGGAGAGAAGAAGAGAGGUGGAGAUCCUGAUGAAGAAAAAUGCAGACUGGAUCUGGGACUGGUCGAGUCGACCUGAAAACCUGGCGCCCAAGGAGUUUGUGCUGAGGCACCCGAAGCGUUCCAGCACCCUCAGCAUGAGGAACACCAGUGUAAUGAAGAAGGGGGGAAUCUUCUCAGCAGAAUUCCUCAAAGUUUUCCUGCCCUCUCUUGUCAUUUCGCACAUCGUUGCUGUGGGUCUCGGGGUGUACAUCGGACGGCGCUUUACUACUUCUGGCACCUUUUGAGGGAGCAGGAAAAGCCAAGAAACGAGACAAAUCUCAUAUACGCACAUCCGCCAUCUUAGCUGCUUUAUCGUGGAUCAGUGCUUGUGUAGACGCAGAUAGGACGAGGUCACGUGACACACUUCCUCGCUUCCCCCUUGUGUAUUCCACUGGCCUUUCCCAUAGUUCCUCCCCAAUAAUGCCAGUCCUUUCCAGGGUCAUCAGCACAGGGAAGGCCAAGCUAGACUCGAUAGAAUUACAUGUACUGCAUCCUCAGAAUUUUGCAUUUACUUGAACCAAUACUACUGAGAAUAUUAUGAGAGGAUCAUAAAACAAGAGAUGGGAGAGAAAUAAGAGUUGAUCAUGAGAUCCUGGAUCUCCGGAGAUGUGGCACCGGACACUGCAGACUGUGAAUCUGAAAGAGAUUUAAAUAACUCCCUCUUAUCAAAACAGGGAUUGUACUUAUAUCUUGUGGUAUAUCUCAACAUUAGAUUGUAUAAUAUAGGACUUGUUUUACCUUGUCACCAUUUCUCUGUAUCUUGAAGUUGCUUCUAUAUUUAUGAGGAGUCAGACUCCAAAAGCUGACCUUUGCGUUGGGAAUCAAGCUGUUCACAGUAUUACACAACUAGAAUGGUUUUUGGUAAAUACUGGCCAAAAUAUUGAGUACCAUAUCAACACUUUUCUGAAUGUCAAUUGAAAUCACAAAUAAAUGUCCAAUGUACUUUAAGCCUAACUUAAGUUUGCCUUUCCUGCUCACUUGGAUUGCAAACAAAUUUUCUUAGUUUAUCUGAAGGGUACAGCCCAAAGAUCGCCUCAAAUAAAACGGUUAAUGAAUCAGGCAGGAGUAAAAGGGAAAUUGUGUAAACUUGUGCAUGUUUUGUAGUUUUAAAAAAAUCGUAUUAAGUGUACGUGUCAAUUUCAUAGUGGUUUUGUAUCAACAAAUAAAAGUCUGCCAAAUGUAA